ACAAAAUUACAAGGCAAGACUUUUAGGUUGGUAUCACAAUUCAGUUGAGUUUCUUCAACUGACAACAUAUAAUUUAGCUUAGCUAAUUAUAAAAUUCCAAACCGGAAGUAAAGGAAAUCGUAUAUAAUAUAGAGUCGUACGCACUGCGAGUCAGGCUUCUAGCCUUCAAAAUAAAAGAAUAGUUAAAGUGAUCUAGUGUAAUUUGAUAUUAGAUAGUCAUAUCAACUAAUUAAUUGUGAUCGGUAAUCCCCAGUACCAUUGCACUGCCCCGCAGUGUUUAUUUAUAUUCACCCCCCUGGGACACCAUGAGUAUUUAAACAUAUAAUACAGGUUUAAGAACAGGCCAGGAUUAAUAUGAGGCAUGCAUUAAGAACUAAAGAAGGAAUGCCCAAUGCAUUUUAGUCCUCGUGUGCCACUAUUGUAUAACAUGGGCAAUUGUGAAGUCCUGAUUAGUUUUUUCCAAAUGUUACUCACUAACGUUACAUGUUUGUGUGUGGUAAAAUAGGCACUAUGGGAUAUGCAGUCUCUGCCGCUGAUAUUUGUUUCGGUGAUUUAGGUGACUUUUAUUCUGGAGAGUAGGGCACCGGAAGUACUGUUUUGCGACGAAGUGAAACUGCAACAAAAAACGAGUCGAAGCAUUUAAAGCUGGAUACGUUUAUGCUUGAUCAAGGGAAAUACUUCGAGCAUGGAUCUCCAUGGCAAACUUGAAAUCUACAUCCCAGUGGAGGCUGAGGUAAAAAGCAUCCCUCUGUGGAGUUUACCGAGGUCGGUGCUCAGAAGAAUGGGCCUCCCGCUGCCUGGCUCUAAGGGCUCCGAGAAGCUCUCAGACUCUCCAGAAGGCAUAUGGAUUUGUCCAGCAGUCAUACGGAGGAAAGGCCAUAAAGUGGCCUCCCACGCAGGAAACAACAUGAUGGAAAACCUGUCCUCGCUGCUGGGCAGAGAGUUUCGGGCUAAUCCGGGUCCUGUCCAAAUGAGCUUCGUCGCUGCCAACCACGCGGUGUACAAGGCGCUGAAGGACACCAUGCCUGGAAAAAAGGUCUCCGCGCACACAUCCCAUGCCUCCCCGUUACCUCGGGGUUCUGCACCGCGGGUGUACAAAGAUGCCGUCAUCCUCUACGAUGGACAGGUGUACCUGUCCAUCAGGAAUCCCAAUGAGAGCCGGACUCAACCAGAGACACGUGAACAACAGCUAGCGUCCCAGUCUUCCAUUCCUUCAACAUCAGAGGUAUCCUCUAAAAGCCUCAAGAAGCGCCGUUCCCCCCCGGUUUCUCUAGGACCUGCAGAACCACAGAGGAAGAAAUCACACGUCACUCUGCCCCAGACCUCCUCUAAACAGCUCAAGGAUCGUCUCACCAAACCGGAUAAUCACUCCACCACAGACCAGGAGCUGCUACAUGACAACAGGCCCAAGGAGAGAUGCACCACACCUAAAGCAGCACCCGGUGAAAACAAGAAGGUUACUAUGAACAGGGGAAGUGACGUAUCCUCAACCACGACCACACAUCACGUCCCUCAGUCCGCCGGCAGCCGUCGUCAUAAGGAGGGUGAUGGACAGCAGGCUGCAGAGGAAGCAGCAGGCACUGAGCCGCCGUGGCUUCAGCCUCAGGGGGAGCAGGAGGAGGCCAACAACAACUGUGGUGAACAUGAGAUGGUGACGGAUGAUGAAGAAGCUGAUUAUAUACAUGUUGACAGCGGUCAACCUGACAACACGGUUGGUAUUGUAGAGCAAAGUGGCAACCAGAGCUGGCCCACCAGAAAGCCUCAGGAGUUUGACUUUAAGCAGCUGGCAGAGGAGGAGGAGAUAAAUCGAAUGAAGGCCAGGCUGAAGCAGCGUGUAGCCGCUUUCAACAACCUGCACAAUCACUAGUGGUACAACGGAUCCUAAAACGCUCGGGUCGGAUCACGGAUCAGAGCCACGGAUCAGCACAAAAUACAAAAGAGAGAUCCCUGAUCCCGCUGUUUUGCUGUCGAUACUAAUUGCCGAUCAUUGAUGAACCAUAUUAACAGACACAGAUCUCUUUGUUGUUUGGUUAUAGCAGCUGGUCCACAAGGAUCCAUCUGUCCCAAAAAUCAUUUCCACCGCUCUCUAGUCAGUGAACCAUCAAACAUUCUAAAUGUUCUCCUUUUACUUUGAUAUAGUCAUUUUUUAUGGUUGAACAAAUCUAGUCAUUAGUAGUUUAAUGAUGUAUUAUAAGAGCUAGUGUAAACAGCUCAUAAUUCAUUAUGUAUAUAUACAUGUGAACACACCAUGUUUAUGUUAAAAUUGACCGUAGCCCAAUUCUCAUUUAUACCGAGCAGAGCCUGAACGCAUCAUAAUGUAACGGAACCUUUGUUCUCCUCCUGUCAGUUUAGACACAGAUUAGUGGUUUACAAUGUAACAUUCUCAGAGAUCAGCAUCCCGGUAUAUCCAGACUAGGAUCAGAUCUUAAGACCAGGAUACUAGUGAGCAUGUUAACUUAAUGACCUUUUAUAAACUAGUUGUCCUUUCUAACACUUCCUCGACCUUUGCUGGAGCACACAAGCUCUAGUUUUGUGACCCCUGACCUCUGCUAUCAGGCCCAUGGACUGUGGUAAGAAGAGGCCGUCGUCACUGUGACGUCGCCUGUUGUUUUGAACCCUUGAGUUCAGCGUUUUUGGCUGUCGCUUCUUUUGGGGUUUUUUCGGCUGGUACAGCCAAACGCUAUAUGAGACAUUGUUAGAAGACCAAAACGUUUCAAACGUAUUGUUGACGGCAGUUUGUUCUGUUACUCCUUCUGAACAGUGGAGUCAUCAGUGGUAUCGGUGACUCAACCAGGAGACUGUGAUGUCCGUUUGUGAAGCGUGGACCCCGAUGAGCCCACCUGGCGUUGACUUUGCUGUUUAGUUGUUCGUUGUGAAGACUGAAAACUGCCUCCUUUGAAGGUCUGAUUCUGUGUUGGACAGGAAUCCUUUGUUUGUCACUGCACUCAUCUUCCAUGUGUUUAUAAAGUUGCUUUGAAAAGAGAAAACAUCGACCGUUGCAUCGUGGUCGAGCAGCCGGACUCUGAGCACCUCGGUGAAACACAAGCUGAAGAGAUUUUAAGGUUUUGUUCUCCGGCAUUGAAUAAACAACUAAAACAAA